GUCGGCUCCAUUGGUGACCCAGAUGGCACCGCGCUCACAUCUCUCCUGCAUCCGUUCUAGAGAUCGAAUUUGCCUGUGUCAUCCAUCUCUUCUCUGUGUAUUUUUACAAAAUAUAAACCCCAACUUAUAUACUAGUUGACGCAGUGUGUGUCCAGAGACAACACAUUUCAAUUGGACAUUUGUGUGUGUGUGCGUUUGACUUUUCUGUCGGAACAAUCAUCGAAACCCCCUACGAUUCCGGCGGGACUACAAAGUUUAUUUUUAGUCCAGUGCGUCUUGUGACAUUGUGUGUCUGUUACAUAUUGCCAAUCUCAAACUGAUUCUAUUUGAAUGGCACCAAGUGAUCCGUUUCAUCCGCUCAUUCUCUGGUUGGUUUGAUUCGACAUAACAUUUAAUUGAGAUUUAAUUAGAGUGGAUUAACAGCAAUCCAGCUUAUUGUUCAGUGGCUGGUGUUGUUAUCGUUUGGUCUGUCGCCAGAUGAUCAGAUUGGUUCAAGCCGGCUGGUCGAUCCUGGCCGGCCUGUUGCUGCUCCAGUCGCUCGACUGUUUAGCGACCGCCCGCCAAGAUGAGCAGCCGGCCACGUCCGGCUCGUCCGGCUCGUCUUUGGCGGCCUUCAAGAGCGCGUCCAUCGAGUACGAGCACUUUUUCAAUCACGGCACGACGGCCAAUCCCAAGAGCGGCCACCACAAGUUCAACAAGGAUCAACUGGGCGGCGGCAAAUUGGAAAACGAAGUCCUCAAGUCCAAAGUGGAGGUCCUGGGCGAGGUGUUGAAGCAGCGCGUCCAGGCCCUGCGUCACGUGCCCGGCCAGAAAGUCGAAUUGGUUUUCCUGGUCGACUCGUCCGCCUCGGUAGGAGCCGAGAAUUUCUUCAACGAAUUGAAAUUCGUCAAGAAACUCCUGGCCGAUUUCACCGUGUCGGCCGACGCGGCCCGCGUGGCCGUCGUCACCUUCUCAUCCAAGAACCGCGUCGUCCGUCACAUUGACCACGUCAGUCGGCUGGGACUGACCGGCCACCGGGAGCUCUCGGCCGACGGUGGUGGCGAUCCUAGACACAAGUGUCGUCUGCUGGAACAGGAGCUGCCGGCCAUCGGCUACACGGGCGGAGGAACGUACACGUUAGGAGCUCUGCUGGAGGCCCAGUCGGUGCUGGAAGAGGCCCGGUCCGAGGCGGUCAAGGCCGUUUUCCUCAUCACCGACGGCUAUUCCAACGGCGGCGAUCCUCGGCCGGCCGCCAAGCGGCUGCGUGAGCAAGGCGUCCGCAUUUUCACCUUCGGCAUCCGCAACGGCAACGUCAAGGAGCUGUACGACAUGGCCUCGGAGCCGGCCCAGGAGCACUCGUACAUUGUCGACAGCUUUGAGGAGUUUGAAGCGCUGGCCAGACGGGCCCUGCACGAGGACCUGCAGACGGGCUCCUACCUGCCGCAGGGCAACCGAUCCGCCUGCGACCGGCUGUGCAGGGACCAGUCGGAAUGUUGCCAUCCGUCGGCCGAGUGCACCUGCGGCACCCACACCGGACACUACGCCUGCCUCUGCCCGCCCGGACACUACGGCACCGGACUCAAAGACGAUUGUCACCCGUGUCCAGGUGGUACGUACCGAAGUGACGGAGGUCCAGGUGACUUGCGCUCCUGCCGCCAAUGUCCGGAUGAGAAUCACAUCUCGCCGGCGGGCAGCACGUCGGAAUCCCAGUGCCAAUGCCCGCGCGGCUACGUGCCGUCAGAGGAGGACGGCGGCCGGACGUGCCAACUGCUGGCCUGCCCCAAACUGGACCCGCCGGCCAACGGCUACUUUGUCAAGCAGUCGUGCAACAGCGUUUUCAACGGAGCCUGCGGCAUCCGCUGCAACGGCGGCUACAAGCUGAUCGGAUCCAGCAUCCGCCUCUGCCAGGAGAACGGGACCUGGUCCGGCGAGGAGGCCGCCUGUCAGAUGCGCAGCUGCGGCUCGGUCCCGCCACCCAAGAACGGCAGGAUCGAGUGCACCUCCGACAGUUACGUCAUCGACAGCGAGUGCACCUUCAGCUGUGACGUCGGUUUCACCCUAGUCGGCUCACGCAAAAGAGUUUGCCUGCCCAUCGGCUACUGGGAUGGCCUGCCGGCCUUUUGCAAACCGGUCUUUUGCAACCCGCUGCCGAAGGUGAUGAACGGGACGUGGGGGCCGUCCAAAUGCCCGCAGGCCAAGAUCCGUUACGGCGAGCACUGCAAUGCCACCUGCGCCACUGGGUUCGAGCUGCGCGGGCCGGCAGUCCGUCGCUGCUCCGAACUGGGCGCCUGGACCGAAGAAGAAGUUAAAACUCGGUGCGUCGAUGUGACCCCGCCGGAAAUCACCUGCCCGGCUGACGUGACGCUGGAUGCGGAAGCGGGCGAAAAUUUCGCCAGCUACUCGUGGGAUCAUCCGGUGGUGUCGGACAAUUCCGGCGCUGUGCCGGACGUCAUCAGCGUGCCGGCCGUGACGGAACAGCCGAUGCGCUUCCGGAUCGGCAACGCCACGGUGGCCUACAAAGCGCUGGAUCGGCGAGGCAACCAGGCCGAGUGCAGUUUCCAGGUGACGGUGCUGGACGGGCAGCCGCCGACGGUCGACCAAUGCGAGUCACCGCCCACUUUUCUGCUCCGCGACCGGAACGCCAGCGUCGUCUGGGACGAGCCGGUGUUCAGCGACAAUUCCGGACGGCCGACGACGGUCCAGCGCUCCCACGAUCCGGGCCGUUUCCCACUGGGCGAAACGGAAGUCGUUUACACGGCCACCGACGAGUCCGGCAACAGCAAAACGUGCACGAUCGUCAUCCGCGUCCAGGAGCACGCCUGCCAUCUGCCCAUCGAUCCGAUCCACGGCCAGGCCAACUGCUCCCAGCAGCCGGACGCCGUUUACUGUUCGCUGACGUGUCACGACGGUUACGCCUUCGCCAUGCCACCACCUCGUAAUUAUUUUUGCGCCUACGACGGCCAGUGGCUGCCGGCCGACAGUCCGCUGCCUUUUCCCGACUGUUCCGUCACCACCCACUCGGAUGCGCUCAUCCAGGACGGCCUGUUGCGUCUCACCAACGUUGGCCAAGGCUCAGAAGAGGAGAAAAUCUGCCAGGAUCCGUUCCUGAUGAGCCAAAUGGAGGGCCAUUUUAAGCGACGGCUGGCCGCCCGUCUGAACGAAAUCUGCGGCGACAACAUGAUCUGCCAGGUGGACGACCUCCAGGCCGAGUGCCGACAGGUGGUGGCCGAAUCGGACGACGACCCGUCGAUGCUGGACGAGGACGGCCAGAAUUCGGUAGACUGGGAAGAGACCAACGAAAUUACCCGGUCCAGACGGAGCGUCACAGCUGGAAGGUAUCAACGUCAUUCGGUUGAUUGGUCUAAAAUAAUCCGGCGGAUGAAACGGAAUGGCAGAAGCAAUUCGACAAAGAGCAACGCGGACAAAAGCAAAAAGAACAGCGGCCUGACAUUGGAGCUGCGAUUCAAAGUUUUAAGUCGAUUCCCUAAGAAAUCCAACGGGACGGAUGAGAUUUCGACGACGACGACAUCGAGGACGACGUCGCCGACGUUCAGUCGAUUGACGCCGGAGGUGAUGCUGAACGAAUUGAAUCAACUGCGGGCGUUGCUGACCGAAUCGGCUCUGUCGGGAGAGUUCAACGUCAAUUACACGGCCGGUCAGCUGUUGAACGUCUUCGACGUCCAAUUCCAGGGCGACGUCGAGCGUCCAAAGUUCAGCUGCCCGGCGGGCAGCGUGCCCAUCAAGGCCAACGACAAUAAUAAUAAUAAUAAUAAUAAUUCGACGACUAGCAAUCACGAUUUCGCCCGCUGCGUCUACUGCCCGAUCGGCACCUUCUUCAACGUCGUCAACGAAGUCUGCGAGUCCUGCUCGCAAGGAUCCUACCAGCCGGAAGAGGGCCAGCUCUCCUGUUUGGUCUGCCCGCACAACACGUCCACCAAAGUCGUCAACGCCAAACGUUCCGACGAUUGCCAAGCUCAAUGUUUGGCUGGAAGUUACUCUCCAACCGGACUGGAACCGUGCAGCACUUGCCCGCAAGGAACGUACCAGACCGAGUACUCGCAGCGGAACUGCCUUCCUUGCCCGUCGGGUUCGACCACAUGGCGCCGAGGCGCCCGUCGUCUGGACGACUGCAAGUCCGUCUGUCCACGAGGACUCGUUUCCGAGACGGGAUUGGCCCCCUGUUUCUCCUGUCCGGUCGGAUUCUACCAGCCGCUCAACGGUCAGAGAUUCUGCAUCCGCUGCCCGCGGCGGUCGCCUUACACAGCCGGAAUCGGAGCCGUCAACCGGAUGGAAUGUCUGAGAACUCGACCGAUAACAGACGACAAUUACGUCAACGGAACGGACGAGUUUCCCGAGCCGGAAGCGACGGAAGAAUUCGAAGAAAUGACUUUGCUGGAAGUCAACGAAUGUUUUUCACUGCCCUGUCAGAAUGGCGGCCAAUGCCGGACGCUGGACUUUGGAUACGUCUGCGAUUGCCCGGCCGGCUACACGGGCAUGCAGUGCCAGACGGACGUGGACGAUUGCGCCUCUCUGCCGUGUCUGAACGGCGCCACAUGCGUCGACGCCGUCAACAGUUACCAGUGCCUCUGCCCAGCCGGUUUCAGCGGCGCCCAGUGCCAGACGGACAUUGACGAGUGCCUGAGCGGGCCCUGUCACCAAGGCGCCACUUGCCUGGAUAAAAUCUUGGGCUACGUUUGCGUCUGCCCGCCCGGCAUGGCCGGCUCUCGCUGCGAACUCGAAGUCGACGAGUGUCUGAGUGGUCCGUGCCAAAACGGCGGCACCUGCUAUGAUCGCGUGGCCAAUUACACGUGCGUCUGCCAGCCGGGCUGGGCCGGCAAACUCUGCGAGCAGGCCGUCGACGAGUGUCUGAGUCAGCCGUGCCUUAACGGCGCCACUUGCGAAGAUUUGAUCGGCAAUUUCAUUUGCCACUGUCCGCUGGGCUACGACGGCCCGCUCUGCCAGACCGACGUUGACGAAUGCCUGCCGGAACCGUGCGCAUCCGGAAGCACCUGCGUCAACCGACUGGGAUCCUUCGCUUGUUUGUGCCCGCCUGGAGUGGUCGGAUCGACUUGCGACACGGCCGUCAAUUCCGAUUUCAGUUUAGAAUUCACCAGCGCCGGCAAACUGGACUACGCCGUCUGGGAGGGCGGACUGCGGACGGACGCCAGGCCGCUCAGACAGAUGACCAUGUGCGCCUGGAUCAAGACGACGGACCAGCAGAACUACGGCACCGUCUUCUCUUACGCCACCGACGACGAAGCCAAUUCGCUGACCCUGACGGACUAUUCCGGCUUCGUUCUCUACGUCAACGGCGCCAAAGUGGUGACGGACGUGACGGCCAACGACGGGCGUUGGCACCUGAUUUGCGCCACGUGGAAUUCACCGGACGGACAGUGGCGCAUCUACUCGGACGGAGAGCUCAAAGACAAGGGAUUCGGAUUGGCCAGCAACUCGUCGAUCCAUCCCAACGGAACCGUCAUCCUCGGCCAGGAGCAGGACGUCCGCGCCGGAGGGUUCAGCAAUGCCGAAUCCUUCGUCGGCCAGCUGUACGGAGUCGAACUGUGGGAUUCGGUCCUGGACGACCAACAAAUCGCCGGCCUGACCCUCUCCUGCCACCAGCCGGACAGCGUGUCCAGCAGCCAAUAUCGUGGCAACCUCAUCACCUGGGCCGAUUUCAAGCACGGACUGCGCGGCGGAAUUCGAGUGGAGGAGUCGAUUUUUUGCCGCGGAUGCUCCGAUCCAAUUCCGCCGCAACACGGCGGAGUCAAAGUCGAAGGCAACGAGGCCGUUUACGAAUGCGAGCUGGGCUACCUCCUCUCAACUCCGUCGCCUCGUCGACCUUGUCUCGUCUACGGCGGAUGGUCCGGUCCCGAUCCGGAAUGCCAACGGGUCAGUUGCGGAUUUCCCGGAUACAUUCUCAACGGAUUGGUGAACGGAACCAAUUUCGUCUACGGCAACACCGUCUCCUACAAUUGCACGAGAGGCUUCCGCCUGUCCGGCGACGGAUUACGCACUUGCGAGGAAAACGGCCAAUGGAGCGGCUAUCCGCCCGAAUGCGUUCCGGUCACUUGUGAGCCACCCAUUCCGCCCGUCAACGGCUCCCAGAUUGAGCCGCCCGUGUCGCAGGAAUUCUACGCCGUCGGCGACCGGAUAACUUUUCAGUGUUCGACCGGCUUCCGGCUGGACGGACCGUAUUCCUUGGCCUGCCAAGACGAAGGGCAAUGGGACGACGUUCUUCCGGUUUGCCAGCCUUUGGCUUGCACACGCCCACCUUACGUCGAGCACGGCAUCGUCACCAACGGAGUGGCCGAAAUCCUUCCGGAAGAUCUGCCCCACUUUCUUGUGCCCGGCUCCAUCUUGACGUUCACUUGUCUCUUUGGUUACCAGCUGGAAUCUUCGGCCGAGGUCCAGUGCAGUCACGAAGGAUUCUGGAUCGGCCAGAUUCCCAAAUGCGUGCCCAUCCAGUGUGGAACGCCUCCGGAAAUUGACCACGCCACCGUCCAGCUCUCUCGCCCGGAUAACGACCGAGUCGGAUCAGUGGCCUCUUACGUCUGCCAGUCGGGAUUCGAGCAUUUCGGUCCGGCCGAGCUGGAAUGCACGGAGAGUGGCACUUGGCUGGAUCGCAACAAACAAGCCACCCUGCCCGUCUGCAUGCCCGUCGACUGCGGCUCGCCGCCGACCGUCGACAACGGCGGAGUCUAUGCGGAAGAGCAGACUUUCGGAAGCAAAGCCCCGGUGACGUGUUAUUCCGGCUUCAAACUGAUGGGCGCCAGCAGCUGGAUCGAAUGCGGAGCCGAUAAUCGAUGGGGUGUCGCCCCUCAGUGUUUGCCCGUCGCUUGCGCCGAAGCCCCGCUCGUUCGCAACGGGACCCAAUCGGCCGCCGAACCGUUCGUCGCCGGAGAGGAGCUGAGUUUCGCCUGCCAGGAUGGAUUCCGCAGCACGUCAUCCGACCUCCUAGUUUGCCUGGAAGAUGGCUCCUGGUCGGGCAACAUUCCCGAAUGCUUGCCGGAAGAGUGUCCUCCGCCGGAUGCGAUCGACAAUGGCGCCUGGCUCUACACGUCAGCUGUUGACGGUGAAAUGGUCAACGCCCAAACCGUUUUCUACACGGGUGCUGAAGUGGUUUACUCGUGUAACGAGGGCUUCCUGCUGGACGGUGGAACACGACGAAGAUGUGCUGGAACAGUCGGCUGGAUGCCGCAAGGUUUACCUAAAUGCCGGACCCUGGCAUCGAUUUCCGGAAUCACGUGUCCGGCAUUGGACAAUCCGGAUCACGGGACAAUUGUUGUCGAAGGUUUCGAAACGGGCCAACUGGCAACCUACGAAUGCGACACGGGCUUCCAGGCCGGCGCCACUUCGGGGCCGGCAACUUUGGUCUGCAAUUCGGACGGGACUUGGAGCGUUAGCGACGCGGAAUCCAAUUCCAACGAGCCGUUCCGGUGCCAGGAAGUCGUUUGCAGCGAGCCGGAAACUCCCGCCAACGGGUCCGUCACUUUCACGUCCAGCAAUUUCGGAUCAAAGGCGCUCUUCCGCUGCGACCAAGGAUUCGUGCUGAGCGGAUCGCAGCAGAGGACGUGCGGAAGUGAAGGCGAAUGGAUCGGCGGAGCCAAGCCCAAAUGCGUUCCUCGAACGUGUUCCAUGCCGGACAUCAUCGAGCACGGAUACAUCGGAUUCGAAGUGGGCGGAUCGGCCACCAGUCUGGGCACCGGAUCCGUCAUUCUCUAUGACUGCGAGGAAGGAUACAAAUUAGUCGGAGCGCGGGAACGAUCCUGUUUGCCAUCCGGCGAUUGGACGGACCAAGAGCCGUCGUGCCAUCAGAUAUUUUGCGAGCGUUUGCCCAGCACGAUGGAGCACGGGACUGUCACGGGGGCCGAGGAGAACAUUUACGGUUCAGUCGUUCAAUUCGUUUGCCAUCCCGGAUACGAACUAGACGGCCCGGAACGUUUGUCCUGCGAAGAUGACGAAAAUUGGAGCGGAAUAAUGCCCACCUGUCGCCCGGUGGAGUGUCCAAAUCCGGGCCUGGUUGCCAACAUAGUCGUUUCACUCAAGCAGGCGGAUGUUCGAUUAGAUCCGGAAGUCUACCACUACGGCGACGUUUUGGUUUACACCUGCCGAAGAGGUUACGGAAUUGUCAAAUCCGACAACGAUUCCGGCGUCGUGGAGAGGCGCUGCUUGGCCGACGGCUCUUGGUCUUCCAAACCGCCCGUCUGUUCCAGAGUCUCCUGCCCGCCGGCCGUCAUCCCCCAGAAUGGAUACACAUCUCGUCCCGUUCAGAAUGAAGUGGCCAGCGUCAACGAAACGGAGGAAGCGGCCAUUGUCGGUCAAAUCAUCCACUACGGAUGCAAAAAAGGCUACCAGCUGAGCGACGACAGCCCCAAGGUGGCCAAAUGUCUGGAGACGGGCAAAUGGAAUGUCUCGCAACCGCCCACGUGUCAGCUGAUUCGGUGCCCUCAACCGCCCGUCGUCAAGAACGGCAAACUGGACGGAAACGGGAAAAAGGAAUAUUCAUAUUUGGAUUCCGUCAAAUACGAAUGCGAUUUCGGAUUCCGCAUGACGGGCGAAGACCAAGUGGCGUGCACUUUUUCGGGAGAUUGGGAAGAUCAGAUACCGACGUGCGUCCGAGCCAUUUGUCUGUCUGUCGACAUACUGGAAGACGGAAUCAUCACGCCCGUCUAUCCGCCGUCGGAAGGACAGAAAGCCGGCCGCCAACAGCGCCCAAUGGCAUUGAAAUUCUCCUGUCAAGACGGAUACGAUUUGGUGGGCAGCGCGUUGACCGAAUGCACGUCGACGGGCGAGUGGAAUCAUCCGUUUCCGGCUUGUGUUCCAUGGCCGUGCGAGUCUCCGCCGAUCCCACCGAAUAGUCAAAUCCAAUCGACAGUCAUUCGACCGGAUAUCAUCACGGCGAUAGUCCGUUGCGAUCCCGGCUUUCGAUUACUCGGAUCCAAUUUGACUUGCGGUCCGGCCGGCAUUUGGAAAGGAAAAGCGGAAUGUGAAGCUCAGCUGUGUCCUCUUCCGAAACAACUGUCAACUGGGAAAGCAGUCAUCGGCGAUUUCAAAUUCACGCAACCGUUGAAGAGUUCGUACGGGUUUGGCGAGACGAUCCAGUUCAGUUGCCGGCUGGGCUAUGUGCUGGAAGACCCACAAAUGUCUGCGCUAACCUGCGCCGAUGAUGGGCAAUGGGACGAGCAGAAGAUUCCAGUUUGUCAACCCAUUCGCUGCCCAGAUGUCCAGGUGCCAAAACAUGGAACUGUCAGCGGAACGAGCUCAAUUCUGGACAGCCGGAUUACUUUCAGCUGCCAGGAAGGAUAUCAACUGAAUGGGGAGGAGCAAAUCACUUGCAGGCCGGACGGCACUUGGUCCCAUCCAGCAAUGCCCGUCUGUGUGACUCGUUCGUGCGGAGAUCCUCCGAAUAUCGAUAAUGGAUUUGCCGUCGUCCGCGGCACAGGAGUCGGUGAUACAAUUUCCUACUCCUGUCAGACCGGACAUCGCCUUUCUGGAGUCGAAUCUAGAACAUGUUUGAGUAACGGUCGGUGGUCAGGAGAAGAUCCUGCCUGUGAUCCGGUCGUUUGUGCAGUACCGGAAGCCCCGGAACAUGGAUCCUGGACAGUAGGUGGUUUCGUUCCGGGCUCUACCAUUCGUUUCGAAUGCAAACCGGGUUUUACUCUGGUCGGUUCGGCCACUGUAACGUGUCUGACGGAUAAAUCCUGGAGCGAUCGCCCACCGAGUUGCCAGCAGAUUACUUGUCCACCUUUGAGAGAUCCGGAACACGGAACUGUUCAGUUGACCAAUUGGAUUUCGGACAAUCAAGAGCUCAAUAAUGACAUCAAUCAACAGCUGGCCGUGGGUUAUCAUUCUACGGCUCACUACACGUGCAAUCGUGGAUAUCAACUAUUUGGCCCGGGUCAACGGACUUGUACGGACCAAGGAACAUGGAGCGAUCGAGGACCACAAUGUCAAAGUAUUUCAUAUUUUGAUUAUAAAAUCGACCCUAAUUUUCGCAAUGGUCUGCCGCAAUCAAAUGUGAAACCAUUAGCAGAAGAAGAGAAAUCUCCGAUGCGCGUUUCGCAUUCCUUAACGGUCGCCAGUGCUAAUAUUUUCUUACUGAUGAAGAAAGAAAGUGCCCUAAUGUUACGAGUUGAUUCCUUGGCUGCCGAUCAUCAACCGGAUAAGACUGUCGUCUCUAUCGAAGGACUUAAAGGCCUCUUUAUAGUUCCAGGAGCUCCAUUUAGUUGCGCAAAAUCUUUUGAAAUCAAGAAAGGAAACCUUGAAUUUGCACGACUGCAAUUAUCGUUGCGUAAGUCGACCAAGUCUGGGACUAUUGACGUUGAUCAAUUGGGCCUUAACUGGGAUACUCGCCUGCACAUGGCCGUUCUACAAGUGAUUGAAGAAUGGAAAACUUUCCGGAACCGUUUUAACCAAUCCAAACCUGUCAAAAUACCAACUGUCAAAGAUUCUGAACAGGAAACCAAACAAAGCUGGACCGUAUCCCUCAAACACAAAACAACCAUCUGCGCAGUACUUUCGCCCACCCAUACUAUUCAAUUUCAAGCUGAUGAUUCACGAGCAAUGGUCAACGGUCAUCCAAGAACUAGUUUCGAGUUGAAUUUGCCACGCUGCGCAUUACUUUUUGACGGACAUUCCAUCAUUGAAGCUGAAGGAUUAAAUUGGAAGCUAGCUGAUAACGAUCUUGAUCUCAAACAGGAAAGAAUCAGUUUCGAUUGCGAGGCUGCCACAAACAAAUGUGGGCUGGUCAGCAUUGCCCAUUUGCGCGUUUGCUUCCCCUACCGUUACCAGUUUUCCGAAGCCUGCCAACAGGAGAUGGUGAGCGUCUUCAAGUGGCUAAAAUCACUGCACAAAAAGCCUCGGCUUCCUGGACAAACAGAACCACUUUAUCGUGACGUUCAUCUGUCAGUUGCACUAUUUUCUAUGGUGCUCUGCGACGACCCAUUUGAAGUCAAGCUCCGUGAUAACUACGAAUUGCGCGAAGAUGAAUUUCGUGAGAGUCUCAAACGUAAGCGUAUGUUGGACGCUAAAAUUGAAGAACUCCGAAGAACGCACCCACUUCUGACGCAAGGUAAAAUUGAUGAGCUGUAUGCAAAUCUGGGAGGCCGAAAUGUUGAGAUAUUUGUUCAGCGAGCGCAACGCAUGUACGAGGCGAGGCCUAUGAGAACGGCUCUGUUCCGAUGGGAAAUGGAGCAAGUUGAUGUGAUGGCUUUAGCCGAUCCAUCUUUCCACGGUUACGCCAAUGUCGUCCGCAAUAUCCAGGAGAUGGAUCCUGACAGCCCGUGGCCUGAUGAAGAAAUAGAUUUUAUUACGCUGUGGUGUCGUGCAGUCCGCGCAACAUGUCAUCGAUGGCGAUUUUUACUUCGAGAUUUCCCGCAACCGCUUCUCGACAUUCACGAAUUGCUGCUCUUUGGUCGACUAGCCGGAGCUGAACAACAGUCUUCCUGGCGAGCUCGGCGGACCUGUACUGUUUCUGUAGCGGCCCCCUGGAGUGAUGUACAGAUCGAACGUGGGAUGAACCAACUGAAAUUUUACCAUGAUUUUUCUUGUGACGCUGAGAGCUGGCGUCUGGCCUACGGUGCUUGUUGGGAGCCCGUAAUAGCCCAAUGCAAUCUAGCAUGGGAUUUCGUUUCACCUCCUUCAAAGGAUCCUAGUCCAGCCUUGCCUUUUUGGGAUAAAAUUCGUCUACUCCUCCACGGUCGAGUUACGUUGUCUGUUCAACAAUUAACUCUACUACUCCACACAUCACUUGAUCCUUACAAUACCACUGAAGAGAUGGAGUUAACUUGGACCGAUUUGGCAAUGGAUUGGACUAAUGCCAAUUUUAUCCUAAAAGGUGAAUUCAACGUCUAUGUCCGAACGGCUUCCAAAUACGAUGAUUGUCGUCUUUUGCAUUUACCUCGAUUGAAGCUGACCAUCGGGUUGACCUGGCAUUGUUUGGCCGAUCCCAACGAACAUCUCGCUGUACAACCCUGCGCUCCCGAUCGAAUUCCAGAAUACUCGAGCAAUCAGGAGCACGAUUCCUAUCGUGCUUUUAGAUCGCAAAGUGUGACAAUGGCCGUUUCUUUAGAAACUAAAGCUAGUGGUAGUAGUUCAAUUAGUAGUAGCGCAGCAGAAGUGCAUGCCCUUGUUUACGGUUCCACUUUACGAUGGUUCGAGAACCUGAAGUUCAUCCUUUCGGGUGUUUCAAGACCGACACGACGGGGGUCGUUGUUUAAUAACACCAAACCGCGUAAAGGUCAGCUUUCACGACAUUAUAAGGCAGUUCGUUUGGCUUUGAGCCUUCAUCGCUUCCAUAUCUACUAUUGGAUGUCCGCAUCAAUGCAACGUGGGUUCGAGCUUAUUUGUGGACGUUUAACACUUAGUUCCGAACAUGCUUUGCGCCUAGUCGCCCUGGAAGACGGACUCAAGCACCGUCCGAGAGCUGACUGGUCUAUUGUCUUUCUAAACUGUGAACUCAAUGAAGCAGAAGUUUGGCUUCAAAGUGCCCUUGGGUCUGAUAGUGAUGAUAACGCCGAGCUUAACGUGUCCUUACGUCAACCGGUGGAAAAAUUUUACUUUUUGAGUGUCCAACGAGUCUCUUACGGACGCGAAGCGGUCCUGACACCGCCUUUUGUAGCUCCUGGAACAGCUUCCAUUGUACCGACACAUCGGUUGGUGGUCCAAGAUUUAAGAGCCGCGUGGACCAAGAGUAACCGUCAAGUGGCUUUUGCGUUGUACGAUUCUUGGGUCAAAGCUCAAGUUCUUAAGAAAAAUCUUUCAUCCGAGGUGAUGAAACUCCUCAGAAUGCCCGAAUCCAGCGUUUCCCCCAUGAAACCACGAUCUUCCGCUCGUAUUUCUGCAGAAGGGGCCCAACCGACACCUAGUGCUUCGAGCACCAAUUCCGCAGCGACCCCAACUGCACCUUCAACACCUGUAGCAGAUUCUAUGCUGCAGCAACUCUUGGCCGACCAUCGCAACGUUGUAUUUAGUGAAGACCUUAGUUCUACUGGCAGCCGACCAGCUGUUACCGGAACUAGUACUAGUGAAGGCCAGGAAGGAGUCCACCUAAACUGGCUAAUUGAGCUGGUUAAUAGUCAGGUGUUGUUGAAAGGAUGCGAAACCAAAGGAUACAUCAUAUUGGCAGCUGCUCAUGCCAAAAUUCUGCAAAGGCUUCAUCCUCCCGUGUGGCGUGAUAGGAGCUUAGUCUCCAAAACUUCAUGGAACUGUUCGCUUGACGGGAUGCAGUACUUUGCAACCAUCAGUGCGGGAGAACAAGAUGCCCUUGACGAGAAUAUUCUUUGGCUCAGUACGGAUCAUAUUGGCAGCGCCGCUAGAGCAGAAAGUCAAGUGUUAUCUUCACUUGAUUGUCUGCCUGACAUGGUCGGAAGCGGACAAAGCGUAGGAGGCGUCAUCUCUGAAACGGUUGGCGGAUGUGACUCUUCUGCCCUUCAACUGCAAAGGAUCGUUUCCCGUUGUAAUUGCGAGAUUUUGUUUGUCAGCUACGGACAGAACACGCUGGAUCUCGAUCUUGAUCAUGAUCUAGAAGGACUCAUGGACAUUCCCCCUCCACCAAACGACGAUGUGAUGGAUUUGUGGGCACAGCGGGAGCAACCUGUCGAUUCAUUUACUCUGACGCAUCACGAUUUGAAUAUCUGCACCAACUCACUCCAAUAUGAGAUGCUACUGGACGUCAUUAAUAACUUAUUGCUGCAUGUCGAACCCCAUCGAAAAGAGGCCAGUGAACGAUUGCAGCGACUGCGCUUUCAGUUGCAGUUGUCCAGCACUGAGGAUCAAAGACGACCCGUUCAACAAAUUCAAAAUCAACUACGUUCCUUGAUCUCUCAGCUAAGACGCCUGGAGAAAGAUACUUUCAUGCUCCAGCGAGCCUUAGCAGAAGAUCCCUCAAAUGCUCAGUUUAUAGCCGAAUUCGACUCGUUGGAACGCAAAGUAUAUGAAUGUAAAGAGCAAUUGAAUGCGGCAAACGAAGAACUUGCGAUGAUGGUAUCUUGUCUGAAAGAGGCUCAGUUAACAGCCCAUCAACGCCUCCAAGCCGCUCGACAAGGCAGUAAUGUCACCACAGUUCGGACAAGUCAAAUUAACUUCAAACACGCUCAAUGGCGACUCACAGAAGCCGACGGCCAACUUGGAAUUGCAGACGUCGUGCUCACUAAUUUUCUGUAUAACAAAUUGUCGAAAAGUGAUGAUGCCUGUGAGCAUUCGCUGGAAAUCGGCUACGUCAGCUUAGCUAAUCUUCUUCCCAACCAAAUCUACAAACAAGUUAUCGUUCCAACUGAGUUGAACCGCAAUAUGCCAGUGGAUCGACAGGUGGCUGUCCGUAUGUUUUCCAGAGAUAAAGCUCCCGUGGGAGGUAUUUGUAUCAAAGAGAUUUUUGAAGUGAAUGUCGUUCCUUUCACAUUCGCUAUGACGUACCAGUUUUUCAAAACGAUGAUGCGCUUCUGCUUCCCCGAAAAGGAUCCUGAAACUUUGGACGGUGAGGGUGAGCAUUCAGAAUCAUCCGUGGCGCGCAAAGGAGGAGGCAAGCAUUUCAGCAAUGUUAACAAGACUAAACGAGGCAAAGAGUCGAGUUUCUACGUUCCAAUUGAAGAUGAUGUGGAGAAAAUGAAGGAACGAGCCGAGAAGAAUAAAUUGUUCAUCUACAUCAAAAUUCCCGAAGUCCCGGUCAAAGUUUCUUAUAAAGGAGGUAAAGAGAAGAACAUCGAAGACGUACACGAAUUCUUCUUGGUUGUUCCAACUCUCGAGUACCACAACGUCACUUGGACCUGGCUGGAUUUAUUUCUGGCCAUGAAAAAUGAUUCUAAGCGCGUUCUUCUCUCACAGGCAAUAAAACAAAAACUUCAAAUUCGACCGCGUUCCCAUGUCGAGGAGGGUGGAACACCACAGGAAGAAGACAAAGCGCGUCUACUUUUGGGUGGACUGUCAAUGCCCGGUGAUGCACGUUCGAGUAAGAGAGGCGGAUUCUGGAAACCAUCGAAAUGAUGCAACGUUUUAUUGGUUCGUGUUCACUUUCUUUUUUAUUUUGAAUUAUUGGAAAUGCCAGCACUUAAGUUAUUGGGGUAAUGGGGAAUUAAUCAGCUUACUGAAAAAUAAAGUGAAAUUUGACCCACA